GCCGCCCCCCCUUGAGGGACGGUCAGAAGCGCUGGAGCCGAACUCACCAUGAUGGACCUUUUCGAGACGGGCGCGUACUUCUUCAACGACCUGCGGUACCUGGAGGGGGACGGCGGGCCGCUGCAGUGCCUGGGGGCGGCCGGGACGUCCCCGCUGUACGGGGCGCGGGAGGGCCCGCCGUCGCCGCCGCCGCCCCCGCCCGGGGAGACGGGGUUCGAGACGGGGUGCGAGGACAGCAGCGGGGAGGAGCACGUCCCCGCCCCGCCGGGCCUCGGGCCGCACUACCCGGGACAGUGCCUGGCCUGGGCCUGCAAGACCUGCAAGAGGAAGUCGGCGCCCACGGACCGCCGCAAGGCCGCCACGCUGCGCGAGCGGCGGCGGCUGCGCAAGAUCAACGAGGCCUUCGAGGCGCUGAAGAGGAAGACCGUGGCCAACCCCGCCCAGCGGCUGCCCAAGGUGGAGAUCCUGCGCAACGCCAUCCAGCACAUCGAGCAGCUGCAGGAGCUGCUGCUGCGGGAGCAGGUGCACGGCUACUACGGCCUGCCGGGGGGGGGGCGCUCCGAGCCCCCCAGCCCCACCUCCAACUGCUCCGACGACAUGGUCGGUUGCCGCAGUCCUGUUUGGUUGGAGAUGAGUUGUGGAAAAAUGAACGACUAUGAGAUGCACAGAGCGGGCUGCGAGGACGGGACUCCCACGGCGUCUAGUCUGGCGUGCUUGUCGGGCAUCGUGGAUCGUCUGUCCUCGGGAAACACAAACUGCCAAACGGGGAACUCGGCCGCCCUCUCGUCUUGCGGCUCCGACGGCCAGCCCGGCACCCCCGAGAACCCAAACACCAGACCGGUCUAUCACAUGCUGUGAGACUCCAUGUGCGCCGACCAAAAAAAAAAAAAAACUUUUUAUAAUAUAUUUACUUCACGCUACUAUUUUCUGUGGAUUCUUUCAAUCGAUGAUUUUAUUCCCACACAAGAGUGAACGUGAAUUUGGCACGUCCCCCACGACUGUAUUGUAAAUAAUAACGUGCAUAAGGGCUCAUUCCAACAUGUUGUAAUCGUCCCGUUUUUUGGUGUCUGUUUCAUUCUCAAUGCAACGUAUUUAACUUUUUUAGUAAGUUCAAUAUAGCUGAUUUUUUUUAGCAUCCAUUGUUAUAAAUGUGAAUAAACUGUAUUUAUGUUAA